UAAAAGCCCUUUGACGCAGGGCUGCUCUGCUUUUCAUCACACACAGCAAACCAAACCAAAACAAACUUUCUUCUUUCUCUCCAUACUAAUGGAGUGGAUUCGCGGAGAAGAAAUCGGCCAUGGAAGCUUCGCCACAAUCAGCAAAGCAACACCCACAAAAUCAUCUUCUCAAUUCCCUCCACUAAUGGCUGUCAAAUCCUCCGAAGCUUGUUGUUCAGCUUCGUUGAAGAACGAGAAGCGAGUGCUUGAUACGAUCGGACUUUGCCCGCAAAUCAUUCGAUGUUUCGGCGAAGAACAGAGCGUCGAAAAAGGCGAGGAGUUCCACAAUCUUUUAAUGGAGUACGCCUCGGGAGGAAGCUUGGCAGACAGAGUCAAGAGCCAGGGCGGUCGUUUGUCGGAAUUGGAAAUUCGCCGCCACACGAAAUCGAUACUAAAAGGGCUUUCAUUCAUUCACUCGAAAGGGUUCGUCCACUGCGAUAUUAAGCUUCAGAACAUCCUUGUUUUCCACGACGGAGCCGCCAAGAUCGCCGACUUCGGGCUCGCGAAAGAGACGGCGACGAAACGCAACAAGUGUGAGAUAAGAGGAACUCCUCUGUACAUGUCGCCGGAGUCGGUAAACGACAACGUUUAUGAAUCGCCGUGCGACGUUUGGGCUCUCGGGUGCGCGAUGGCGGAGAUGGCGACGGGGAAGCCGGUGUGGGACCACAAGGCGGGGGCGAGUGUUUGGCCGUUGUUGAUCAGAAUCGGCGGAGAAGAAGAGCCCCCAAUUCCAUCGGAGUUUUCCGAGGAAGGGAAGGAUUUUCUCAGAAAGUGUUUCGUUAAAGAUCCGGCGAAGAGAUGGACGGCUGAGAUGCUUCUAAACCACGCGUUUGUUGUUUCUGAGUAUGAUGAAGAUUUUGAUGAGACUGUUCUAUCAAAGGAAUCCAAUUCUCCAUCACCUUCUCCAAGAUGUCCUUUCGAUUUCCCCGAAUGGGUUUCGGCUUCGGAGCCGGAGUUUUCGCCGGCAUUCGAAUACGUUUUCUCAUCGACAACUCGUUUCCCUUCAUCGGACGAUGGAAUUCGGAAUCUGGUGACCGACGAGGCAUUGAAUUGGUCGUUUUCCGAUAGUUGGGUCACAGUGAGGGAUUACAACAUCCUGCUGAUUUUUAUAUUUUUUUUUCUUUGUAAAUAUUAGUACUAGGACAGACAGAUUUUUUUCUUCUGUUAGUCUGAUCUGAAUCAAGUUUAUUGAUGAUAUUUCUUUGUACAUAACAUUUUUGAUCGAGGUAUAAUAUUAUCUGAGGUAUUUUUUCCA